CUUUGGCUUUAGGAUCUAGUUGGAUCCUUUCAUUUUACAGAUGAGGAAACUGAGGUCCAAGGGAAAGUGACUGGCCCAAAGGCUACAGGUGAAGCUCUUCUCUAGCAGCAGUGAGUGGAAACCACUCUCUUAUCCCUUUUCUGGCCGCCCCUCUGCAGAGGCACGCCCAGGGGAUUGUCCUAGCCCCCUCCUAUGGGCCAGACUGCCCUGGCUGGGGACAGUGGGACGGGCAGCACCCCUUCCCCAGCCGCCUCCUAUCAAGAUCCGUCUUUCCCGGAGGGGCUGGAGGAGCUGCUGUCAGCCCCGCCUGCAGAUCCGAGCCUGCAGCGAUGCCACGGCUGGAACCCCAAGGACUGCUCAGAGAACAUCGAAGUCAAGGAAGAGGGGCUGAGCUUUGAGCGAAGGCCCGUGGCUCAGAGCACGGACGGGGCCCGGGGCAAGAGAGGCUACUCCAGGGGCCUGCACGCCUGGGAGAUUGGCUGGCCGCCUGAGCAGAGGGGCACCCACGCUGUGGUGGGGGUGGCCACAGCUCUGGCCCCGCUGCGGGCUGACCGUUAUGCAGCCCUACUGGGCAGCGACGAGGAGUCUUGGGGCUGGGAUAUCGGCCGAGGGAGGCUCUAUCACCAAAGCAAGGGCAGCAAAACCACCCGGUACCCCACAGGGCUUGGGGAUGAGCCUCUGGAAGUCCCAGAGACGCUGCUGGUGAUCCUGGACAUGGAGGAAGGAACCCUGGGGUUCGCUGUUGGAGGGACCUACCUGGGGCCUGCCUUCAGGGGCCUUAAAGGAAGGACCCUGUACCCUGCUGUCAGUGCUGUGUGGGGACAGUGCCAGGUCCGCAUCCGCUACCUCGGAGAGAGGAGAGCAGAGCCUCACUCCCUCCUCCACCUGAGCCGGCUGUGCAUUCGGGCCAUUCUUGGGGAAGGGCGGCUGGGUGAGGUUUCCACUCUCCCCUUGCCUCCUGCCAUGAAACGGGACCACCGAGGGUCUGCAGAGCAGGAAGAGAAGAGCACUGCCAGGGAACGGGCCUGCUUGGAGGGCCAUGCUGGCAGAAGGCUGGUACCCCAUCCCCACCACCCCACCAACUCUGGCUGGAGGCUGAGAAACAGGAAGGAGACGGAAGGAGAAAGGGAGCCAGAGCACCCAGACACACCCAUUCCCUUUCCACCCCAGCCAAUAAAAAGCCACAAACACCGCGUGCUUCCUUCAAAUUUACAGUAA